UAGAACUGUUGACUUCCCACGAGUCGCUGACCGACAAUAUUCUCUUACAUACACAGACAGACGAGUUUCGCUUCAAACGCGUUGUUUCUAUCGCCCUUUCCUAACGUUUCGUAUCUUUCAUCGAUAAUACCUUUUCUAAAACGUCCUAGAGCUAUGAUCUUUCACGUUGCAUCGGCCGCCAUGUUAACAAACAUCUUUAUAUUGGAACUUUAUUCGAUAUAUACUUACGACACGAUGAUCGAUUCGAACUUUCUAAACGAGAAUCCUCUACAUCGUAUAUUCGUAUAUGGAACCUUGAAGAGAGGAGAACCAAAUCAUAAACUCAUACAGGAUGCAACUAAUGGAUAUGCGAAAUUUCUUGGAAUUGCUAAAACUACGUCAUCUUAUCCAUUGAUAAUUGCUACUAAAUACAACAUUCCAUUUUUACUGAAAAAACCAGGAAUCGGUCACCAUGUUAUCGGCGAGAUAUACGACGUCGAUUCGAAGAUGUUGACGAGAUUGGAUGAACUCGAGGAACAUCCAAAUUUUUAUGAGCGAACGGAAGAGGAUGUUCUCAUGGCAACAGAAUCGAAAUUAAAAUCCAAUGGUAAUUUCGAAGAGAUCGGUUCAUUAACAAAAGCAUGGAUUUACUUUUUACCAAAAUUCAAGGCUACUUUGCUCGAAAGACCGAUGUACGAAUCUUACAGCAACGAGGGAGAUCAUGGAUUAAAAUAUGGAGAAAAGUACGUACGCGACCCUACGUUUGAUCACAGAAGAGAAGUUCGCGACGUAAGUACGGCAACUGUUGAAGACGUACUUUGAUAAUGUUCAAGGUUGUGCACGAUAAACACGAGAAACUAUUGUUAAAUUUGAUAUCGCGAUUGAAUGAAGUCUUGUAUUCGUAGUAUCUAUAUAAGCAUACGUAUAUACAUGUAUAUAUAUCAUACGUUAUUUUAUAUAUACAUAUACAUAUAUACAUAUGAUAUAAGUAAACGUAUACGUAUAUCGAAGCUGUAAAAACAAAGAAAAAAAAAAAAAGAAAAGAAAAGAAAAGAAUGAACGAGUUCAGCUGAUCUAAAAAGUA